CGCCACAAGCAGGACGCGCUGCCGCGCCGYGGGCCGCCCGCGCCCGCCCUCAGCCUGGCCGAGAUGCGCCGCUACCUGCGCGCCCACGACAUCCCCUUCCAGGAGGGCUACAGCUGCCUGCGCGCGCCCAGCCCCUUCGCGGGCGAGCGCGGCCCCGCCGCCGGCGCACGCAGCCUCUUCAUCGACAAGACCACGGGCAGCUUCCUGUGCACGGCCACGCUGGCCGAGGGCUCCUGGCAGGACCUGCAGGCACACGUGGAGCUGCGGCAGCCGGGGCCGCCCGCCGACGCGGAGGAGCUGGAGCGGGACGCGGAGCGCGAGGCGGAGCGGGACGCGGAGGACGCGCGCCGCAUCUGGGAGCGGGCGCAGCCGCUGGGCGAGCUGCUGGACGAGGAGGAGACGCGUGAGGCCAAGGCCGCCUUCGGCAUGUCGGCGCUGGCGGCCGCCUCGCUGCAGCGCUUCGGCGUGCGCUACCUGCGCGCCGCCAAGUGCCUCGUGUUCCCGUGGCUGAGCCCGCGCGACGGCUCCGUGCGCGGCGUGAAGCUCGUGGGGCCGCCGCCGCGCCGCGGCGAGGCCGGCGCCGCGCUCCCCGCGGAGCAGACGGUGCCGCGCGGCGCCGCCUACCGCAACCUCUUCGGGCUGCCGCUGGUGGGGCGGCGCGACACCGAGCUGGUGCUCACGGGCCGCGAGCUGGACGCCGUGGCGCUGCAGCAGGCCACGGGCGUGCCGUGCGUGGCGCUGCCGCGCGGGCCGCACAGCCUGCCGCCGCCGCUGCUGCCCUACCUGGAGCAGUUCCGCCGCAUCACGCUGUGGCUCGGCGACGACCUGCGCGCCUGGGAGGCYGCCAAGCUCUUCGCCCGCAAGCUCAACGCGAAGCGCUGCGCGCUGGUGCGGCCCGGCGAGCAGCUGCCGCGGCCGCUCGAGGCGCUCGCCAUGGGGCUCGACCUGCGGCGCGUGCUGCGCGGCGCCCUGCCCGCCGCGCACAAGUCCAUCGUCUCCUUCCGCCAGCUGCGCGAGGAGGUGUUCGGAGAGCUCGCCAACGCCGAGCAGGUGGCGGGCGUCAAGUGGGCGCGCUUCCCCGAGCUCAACAAGCUGCUCAAGGGGCACCGGCGCGGCGAGCUCACCAUCUUCACAGGCCCCACGGGCAGCGGGAAGACGACGUUCAUCAGCGAGUACGCGCUGGACCUGUGCAUGCAGGGCGUGUGCACGCUGUGGGGCAGCUUCGAGAUCAGCAACGUGCGCCUGGCCAAGGUGAUGCUGACGCAGUUCGCGGCGCAGCGCCUCGAGGAGCAGCUCGAGCAGUACGACGAGUGGGCCGACCGCUUCGAGGACCUGCCGCUCUUCUUCAUGACCUUCCACGGGCAGCAGAACGUCAAGACGGUGCUGGACACCAUGCAGCACGCCGUGUACGUGCACGACAUCACGCACGUGGUCAUCGACAACCUGCAGUUCAUGAUGGGGCACGAGCAGCUCUCGGGCGACAGGCUCGCCGCGCAGGACUGCGUCCUGGGAGCCUUCCGCAAGUUCGCCACGGACAACAACUGCCACAUCACGCUGGUCAUCCACCCGCGCAAGGAGGACGACGAGAAGGAGCUGCAGACGGCCUCCAUCUUCGGCUCGGCCAAGGCCAGCCAGGAGGCGGACAACGUCCUCAUCCUGCAGGAUCGGAAGCUGACGACGGGGCCUGGGAAGCGGUCGCUGCAGGUAUCCAAGAACCGUUUCGAUGGCGACGUGGGCAUCUUCCCGCUGGAGUUCAGCAAGGCCUCACUCACCUUCUCCUCUGGCAAAACCAAGGUCAAGCUGAAGAAAAUGAGAGAGGAGAAGGCUCCUUUAUCCAAGAAAGCUCCGCCUGGAGGCGCGGGGGCUUCCAAGAAGCCCUGAGUCCGGCCGGGCGCCUCUGGACUCUGUCGGGA